AUGAGCGGCAUGUCCGUAGAAAUGAUAAGCGGCGGGCAGGACGUCGCGAGUCCCGGGGGCGGCGGCUUCCAGGACGUCGACCUCGGCGACGCCUCGCGCGCUCACGGGGGCGGCGGGCUCGGCGAGUUCUUCCAGAGCGGCAUCAACGCGCUCACGGGCCACGGCGGCGACGAGGACGGCUUCCUCGAGGAUGACGACAUGGACUUUGAUGAGGACGCCUUCCGUCAGGCGCAGGCCGACGAUGCCAAGGCGCGGCUCGAGCGCAUCAAGGAUAUCAAGCGCGGGCUCAAGAACUGGGAAGGCUGGAGGCUGGACCUGGUGGAGAUCCGCCGGGGCGGGGAGGAGGGCCACGGGGAAGUGUUCGAGGUGUAG